GCUGCCCCUCUUUUCCUUCCUUUCAACCAUAUAAGACCCCUGAGCUGCAUCUCUACAUCUCUUGCAUUAUCUCUGGCUCUAUUAUCAACAGAAGCGGCCUAACCAACUGUAUAUACUUCUUCGAUCUAUUGACUAUGGGCUCAACCACCCCCUCCUCAACCCACUACCUCAUUAUCGGAGGCGGCACCGCCGGCCUCGUCAUCGCAAACCGCCUCUCCGAGGACCCCGACGUGAACGUCCUCGUCCUCGAAGCCGGUCCAGAUCGUUCUUCAGACCCGGAGAUCCAGAAUCCGGAUGCCUGGCAUGCGCUGCCUGGAUCCGAGCUGGACUGGAACUUCAAGUUCGAGCCUCAGAUCGGUCUCAACAACCGCGAACCAGAACAUCCCGCCGGAAAGGUCCUGGGCGGGUCCUCCGUGAUCAAUGGAUCGGUGUACGUGCCUCCCUCGCCGGCGGGGAUAGAUGCAUGGGCGGAAUUAGGUAAUACCAAGUGGAACUGGGAGACUUUGGAGCCGUACUUGCGCAAGUCAGUGAGUGUGACAACGCCAGAGGAGGAGAUUUGUCGUGCGGCGGGGGUUGAAGUGCACGGGUUUCAGGAUGGGCCGAUUCAGGUCACGUAUCCGGUUCUUGCGGAGGAGAAGAAUCAUUCGUUGUUGAGGGCGUGGGAGGAGGGAUUUAAGAGCAAGGGAUAUGAGUUUACGAGUGAUAUACUGCCGACGAGGAUGGUUGGGACCAGGGCGUAUGUGGCGACGGUGGAUCCGCGGUCUGGGUUGCGGAGUGGUGCAGAUGGACGGUAUGGGGCGGAGGCUGCGAAGCGCGAGAAUGUCACAGUUGUGACGGGGGCGAUGGUGCGACGGAUCCUGUUUGAGAAGGAUUCUGAAAGUGUUGUUGCUACUGGGGUUGAGGUGGCUUUGAGUGAUGGGGUGGUAAUGACGAUUGGUGCGACCAAGGAGGUGAUCCUUGCGGCUGGAGCCUUUCACACGCCGCAGCUGCUGGAGUUGUCCGGUAUCGGUGAUAAGGAGUUGCUUUCGAGUCUGGGGAUUGAGGUGGUGGUCGAGAAUCCAGGGGUUGGCAGGAACUUUCAGAACCAUCUCAUGGGCGUUCUGCCUUGCCCUUUGAACAAGGUCCCUGAGCUGGAAGGUCUUGCACCAGGGAUCAAAGCAUUGGCGUUUGUCCGACUGGACGGGGAGGAACUGGCUGAUCUCGCGGCCAGGUUCCUUCCAGACGACCAAGUGCCCGACAAAGUUAUCCGCGGUAUCUUGGAAAAACCCAAUGAGGCAUCCGCCUUUAUCCUCCUGGGCAUGAUGCCUGGCGCAAGUGUGGCCGUUCUAGUGAUGAUUCCGUGCUUUCCUGCCUCUCGCGGCAACAUCCAUGUCGCCUCUACGGACCCAUAUGCACAGCCCAAGAUUGAUGCAUGCUGCUUCUCGCAUGCGCUCGAUGUAGAGCUCAUGGCUCGACACCUGCAGAAGUUACAUGAGGUUCCUGCCCUCCCAGCAUUGCAGCAUUUCUUCCAGCCCCCUGCUGCUGCCCCAGACCUGGAAGCAAUCAAGGCAUUGUUGCACGAGAGUGCCCAGACUGCGCAUCACGCAUGCGGCACAGCCGCCAUGCUCCCUCGCGAGACAGGCGGAGUAGUGGAUCAAGAGCUGAAGGUCUAUGGGACGGAGAAUCUGCGAGUCGUGGAUGCAAGUGUGUUUCCGUUGCUGCCGCAUGGGAAUCCGGUAGCAACGGUGUAUGCGGUUGCAGAGAGGGCGGCGGAUAUUAUCAAGGGAGAUGCUGACACGGGAAAUACUACAGUUUGACCUGUUCCCUCGCCUAUCCCGGUGAAGAUGGGCAGGGAGAUUACUAUUGUUAACAUACCAUAUUCGAUACCUUUGACAUUGCACUUUAUUUUAACAUGCCAGAUUGAAUUCAAGCGUUUAUUGCAGU